AUGGAGUCGGGUAUUCCGAUCCAAAGAGGUAAAACAUAUCACGAAAGUUUCAGUACUGUUUCGUUCACGACGCAGAAGAAGCUCCUUGAGAUUUCAGGAUGGGAGAAAAAGGAAACAACAAAGAUUGAAUCUGAGCUUGCUAGUAUCCAGCGGAAGAUGGACAGCAAGAAAAUGGAGAAAGCAGAGAACCUAAGGCGCAAGAAAGCAGCAGUUCAUGCAAAAGCACACGAAAAGAAGGCAAAAGUUCAAACCAGACGCGCUCAAGAGAUCCUCGAUGCGGAAGAAGAAGCUGCUCAGUUGCAAGCCACGGGACAGAUUCCCAAGAAGUCUUCUUUUAGCUGCUUCUGA